AUGGCGCCCACUAAAGGUGAGGAGCGCAUGCCAAACCGUGAAGCGGAAUUAUUUAGAUUAUUUAUUAUUGUUGUAUCACGCGGUGUCGGAUCCAGGAAGAGAAAUAUCGUCUAUGUACUUGCUAACGGUGAGCGAACAACCCGGGAGCACUUCGAUCCCACGGGCAUUAAGUCGUUCAGCUGUAGCACUCCUCCGGUGCCUAACUGCUAUGCCACCCGAAGGAUGCACGAAGGCUGGGAUACCGCCAGGUUGCCCAAGCCUAGACAGGGGAAGUCGAGAGGCGGAGGUCGGAUUCGAACCACGGACCUCCAGUUUUGCAUCUCUGGAACAAUUACGCGUGAUGCGAAUUAA